AGCUGUGUCGUGUGUGGGAAGCCAAUCAAUUCAGUCUAUCGAUCAAUCGCAUAGUGUUUGGCCACCACAAAAAAUUCAGGGUGAAAAAUUUCUAAUCGAGAAAUAGCAACAAAUAAAUGAAUGAUACUUUCAAACGCAUAAAAUGAAAGAUUAGAUAAAAUUUGUACUCACAUAGAUAUUUCCAAAUAGAAAGGAUCAAGUGUCGAGUGCUAAACGUUGCUGCCAGCAGCAGAGCUGCAGUGUUGGCUCUCUAGAUGGAAAGGGGCAGAAGCAGAGGCAGAGACAGCUUCGAUUUGUAAUUCAAUUACGGGCACACACACAAAACGAAAAAACCAUAAAAUAAAAAUAGAAAACCAAUAUUGUCAUGGUUUUUAUUCGCGAUCCCUGUGGCAUUGCUUGCCUGAUUGUCACCUAUGGGGCUGUUAUCUAUGCGGAUUAUGUGGUCAUGCGUUGGAUUAUACUGACGACGAUGCCAGUGAGCAUUUGGGCACCGUUUCACGUCGUACUGUUUAACACUGUUAUCUUCCUGCUUGGCAUGUCCCAUUUGAAGGCUGUUUUCUCCGAUCCAGGCACUGUGCCGCUCCCCGCCAACCGUCUGGACUUCUCCGACCUGCACACGACCAACAAUGGCGCCAAACACAAUCCGGGCAAUGGCCACGGCAGUGAGUGGACAGUGUGCACCCGCUGUGAAACAUACCGGCCACCACGUGCUCAUCAUUGUCGCAUCUGCAAGCGUUGCAUACGCCGGAUGGAUCAUCAUUGUCCAUGGAUCAACAACUGCGUUGGCGAGCGCAAUCAAAAGUAUUUCCUACAGUUUCUUGUCUAUGUGGGCAUCCUGUCCCUAUAUUCCGUCGCGCUGAUACUCGGUUCAUGGAUAUCGCCGUGCACGGAAUGCAGUCAGAAUGUCAUUGAAUCGCAGCUACGCAUGAUACACUCGGUUAUAUUGCUGCUGGAGUCGGCGCUCUUUGGACUGUUUGUUACGGCCAUAAUGGUGGAUCAACUGCAUGCCAUACUGUACGAUGAAACGGCCGUGGAGGCGAUACAGCAGAAGGGUGCUUAUCGACCGAAUCGACGUAAAUAUCAACUGCUCGCAGAUGUCUUUGGACGUGGCCAUCCGGCGCUUUGGCUUCUGCCCUGCGCCAGCCUCAAUCACGCCUCCCGCUACCACGACACGCCCCUGCUCAGUCACGAUGUUUAGAUAGCGUGUGUGUGCGUGUGUGAUAAAUUCAUCAUCAAUUUGCUUGUCUGUAUCUAUUUGUGAUUAUAUUCGAUAUGCGGCGGAAGUGCGUGUGUCAGCUCCAACACAGCCACUUUACUUUUAGUUUUUAAUUACUUAUAACUUUGAUUCAUAUGAAACAAAUUAGAGAAUCAACCCACCCAGCUACCCCAAAUCCUCAUCUUCAAUCUAAAUGUUUUGUUUAUAUGUAUUAUAUGCAAGAAUUGCAAUCAUUAAAUAACUCUUAAGUUAAUAAUUAACUAUUGCACGUUGCGAGCCGAAAGCAUACUCCAAACAGAUACUUGAUAUUUUUUUAGAAAAGACACUGUAUUUUUUUCAUAUACAUACGUAGACCAGAUUCUUAGCUAUAUAUAUAUAUAUAUAUAGAAAUAUAUAACUGUGUGUAAAAUAAAUUACAACAAACAUAAAAAAAAAUACCAUUCAUGCAUUUAAAAGCAAAGGAAUUCAUAUACCAAAAAAAAAAAACAAAAUCAAAACAAACGUAAACAUUUAAAGCCAGGCAAUAAAAUGUGUGCAGUAAUAGCUCGUAUUAAUAAUAAGUCGUAUAUAGUUUGAUUGUAAACAAUUGUUUUAAAUAUUGUAAUUUUUCUGUUUGUUUAUUUGCUUAAUUUUACAAGUCAAGUUUAACAAAAUAUGAAUUGCAAUUGGAUUCAUGCUGAAAUCACACUUGCAAAACAAUCUAUUAAUUUAUGUAUUUAUAAGAACUCAAUUUACAAUAACAAAAAUGAGAUAAAUCUACAAAAGCAAUGUCAACUCUUUUUCUAAGUAUCCAAAUUGUGUGUCAUUCCAGCAGUGUCACAAACAAAAGCCUUAAUAUGCAAUUAUGUAAAACCGAGAAUCCAAAUUGAGAUUUAAGCGAAUUGUUUCUAUUGAACAGGCAACUCUCUCGAUGGUCUCAAGAAGCCACUAAGUCGUAUCCUCAACAACAUAGAUAUAUGUAUAGUUUUCAAUAAAGCUAACGAUACACAUA